GCCUCGGCAAAGUCGCGGGGAACGAUCAUGUCGGGAAACUUCUCGGAGAACUUGUACUUGCCAUCUUUAUUCUCUUUACCAUUGCAUUAUCCAGAUACGCUAGGGAUGGCUCAAUCAGGGACCAAUUCCAUGGACCCUCCUUCCGGAACACGCCCAUAUCGUUCCCACAAGUUUCCCGCUUGUACUGCCUGCCGCCAACGCAAAAUUCGCUGCCACUUUGAUCAAGUUGCUGCUCAGUGCACCCUCUGUCGGGAAAAGGGCUGGCAAUGUAUCACGGCUUCUCCAGCUGCAAGUGCUCAGAAACGCGAUCGCUCCUCUACGUCUGGUCCGGGCGAGAGGCCUGCGAAGCGCACUACUCCAAGUAUAGGUCCAGGAGGCGAUGGUUCGCCGCAAGCCCAGGCUAGACGACCAUCCCGCCAAAACUCUACAAUAGGCACUCCUGCUGAAGCCUCUGCUGAGAUUGCACAACCCUUGGAUCAUCCGAGUACUGAGUCAACGGUGAUUGUGGGGCCUGUAUUCCAAGAAGACAUACAGAUUUUGGGACCAUAUUUGAAUUCCAAAGGAGAUGAAGCGAGACAAUCGUCCAAAGAACGGCAAACUGCAGCAGCUGGACCGAGUCGUAAUCCCCUNUUGUACCUUUCUGUACCUCGUCGCCGGCGAGGUCUUCAGCCAGCCAAAGAUCCUGGCUCUAACCAGAAACUCAUAUUGCAACAUCUGGUAGGACCUUUUGCCGAUGAGCUUNNAUACUUUGAGAAUGCACAUCCGUGCUUCCCUAUCCUUGAUGAGCUAGCUAUCAAGAAACAUGGAGCAAUAGGCAUAUCUUCUACAUUGUGGUCUUAUAUCAUCACUAACGCAUUGUCCUCCUGGGAUCGAUCGCCUAAACUAAGAAAUCAUCCUCGCCCAGAUCCAAUCUACGCUUGCAAUGUUGCUGUUGCUGCCUUGCAGGAAGAUUUUAUGGAAUCCAGCGUUUCGACCAUACUCAGCAGCGUACUUGAUAUGAUCGGUCGUCCGGUGAACUCCAUCGUGGGCAACAUCAUCAAUGAAGGGCGAACUCUAGCCCUUGCUCAUACCUUCGGUAUGAACCGCAACCCGACCAACUGGGGAUGCUCAGAACACGAGAAACGACUGAGGAUCCGGACAUGGUGGGCAGUUUUAAUCAGCAACCGAAUAAUCUGUUUCGAUCAAGCUAAUCUGUUCAAGNNGUCUGCUCUAGCUCAUGGAACACCAGCCACGUUGACCAAGGGCCAGUAUGACGUGCCUCUGCCGACACAUGCUAUGCUCUUGACGCCGGGCAAGGAAAACGUCUAUCGUCAACAGGGCGCAGAGCACUUCAUCCAGUUGUGCAAGUUAUGCGAGAUACUUGGUGAAAUUCUACACGUCGCUGCUGACCUUCGCCGGCCCUUCGAUGCAAAAGUGCCCCGAGAACUUCGACGACUUGAGUGCGACUUAGAUCAAUGGGAAGCUGAUCUGCCAUCAUACCUUACACACCCUUUGGAGGAAGGNAAAGGACCAGGAGCAUGCAACUUGCAUUUUUGCUUUCUAUCGACCAAGCUUAUGCUUGCCCGAACCGCACUGAAGACAACAGUAGUGAUCAUUUACGAUACCGUCUUUCUGUGCUGCGUAGUUCGGCGCGCGAAAUUGCAGACUUCGUUUGUGCUCUUACAAACCUGCAAACGCAGUCUCGAAGCUCUUCGAAAGCGCCUCCGUUCCGCCCGCGAUGACUCCGACUGGGACCUCGCCGAUAUCUUCCUCAACCAAUGCGACGAGCCCAUCUCUCGUGUAAUCAAUAAACUCUCCACUGCCUCUUCUUCGUCCGUGGUUGCUACAGCUUCCUCACCCCAUCUUCAGCAACACACUCAAGAGCAGAUGGCUCCUGCUAUCAAUGUUGAAGAUGUGGUGUUACAGCCUUUGCAACAAGAUUUUGCCUUUGACCUUGCUGGCUUUGGGGCCACGACGACGGAUUUAGGUUUCUCGUUUGAGGGAUUGGGCUUGCCGUUUGAGAACAUGUGGACCGGGUUUGAUCAAGAUGUCGACGCUAAUGGCAUGAAUGGCUUCUAA